AAACGCAGCACCUCCAUCAUCGUGCCAUCAUCUUCACUAUCAGCAGCACCAAGAUCGCAGCAGGUCUUCUUCUUCAUCCCGUCGGGCCAUCACCAACAUCACCUAGCGACUGCAACGCCUCCACCGCCGCUGCCCUCUGCCUGCAACUCCGACCAUCUCUUUCGCGAGCAGAGCACCUCUGCGAUCGUCACCAUCGUCAUCUUGCAACUUCCGGCCAUCAACCAUUGCGGCGUCCCAGCAGAAUCGAAGAGAAGCCAUCACAGAAAUCUGCGGCGUCUCCUUCCCCAUCCACCACUCGCAUUCGGAUGUCAUGCGAACCCCAGCAACGGCGCCUUCCCUUCGUGUGCAGCAACCUCUGGCCGCAUCCUCUCCCUUGUCGCGACCGUUCACAGCGACCAACAACUCCCGUCGAGCCCGUGUCGUCGCUGUCUGUGAGCUUCAUUGCCGCCAGCCCUGUGGCCGUGUUCUUGCUGCUAGAGUGGCUUAGUUGCUGUCUCGGUGAUCCUGCUCUGUUUCUGAGCUUAAUCACUGUGGUCCCGGUGGUCCUGUGA